AUGCUCAUAAUCAUAUUCAUACAACUUUGGGAUACUUGUGAUACAUUCGGUUGUUGUCCCAUUGCGAUACCUUGCAUGGCACAUAGGUGCAAGCCAUGCAUACCAAUCCCAUGUCCACCACCUCUUCCUCCGCCAACCUGUCCACCUCCACUUCCUCCUUGUCCUCCACUGCCAGUAUGUCCACCACUUCCUCCUCCGGUAAUCUGUCCACCCUUACCUCCUCCCUGUCCUCCACCAACAAUAUGUCCACCACCUCCUCCUCCAGUAAUUUGUCCACCUCCACCUCCUCCUUGUCCCCCGCCGCCAAUCUGUCCACCACCUAUUAUAUGUCCACGACCAAUAAUUUGUCCACCACCAUCACUGCCCCCUCCACCACCUCCACCACCUCCACCGUGUCCAUCGCCAUCUCUAGUACCUAUUUGUCCCGUCCCGGCUCCAAAGAUGAUACCGACAUAUGCGGUACCGGUGAUUAACGAUUGCUGUUGCACAUGCAUCACUCCUUGCGUGAAUUCUCAAAUGAGGAUACACGGUGCCAAGAUAUUUUCAGCUUCACUUGCUGUUGAUUUGGAACACGACUCCAAAUGCAAUAAUCCUGUCUUGCAGUCAAUUAUGGAAGAGAAUAUGGCCGAUGACGCAACUAUUGCUAAACGUGCUAUUCAACGGGAGGCUGAAAAGAAACUAUUCAAGAAGUUCAAUGUAAUCUGUUCGGAAGAUGAUUUUUCCUAUAUUGCAUAUACUGAUACUUUUUGCCAGCAUUCGAACGAUGACAUAACUUGUUAUGCUUUCAGCCCACUUCUGGAAAUUUAA